GUGAGUUCCAGUGUUUUUAAGCUGUAGUUUGGCGGUCUGUUGACAGGUACUCCCUGCACGAAUCACAGGCUCUCAAAGAGUGGGGAUUCCGGAAAGGGAAGAAGCACACUCACUGGAAAAAGGGGCCUCGGGUUUCACACCCCUUCGGGCCAUGCCCAGCGUGUCCGAGGGAGGUGGCUACGAGGUAUCUCCUGGCGAAGGAACCUGCUCUUACCGCCAUGCCUUCGGACUUCUUUCUGCAGCCUCUGGACGGCGGUCCCCGCGUGCCCGUGGGGCCGGGGCAGACUGUGAUAGGCCGCGGGCCGCUGCUGGGAAUAACAGACAAAAGAGUAUCCAGAAGACAUGCCAUUCUUGAAGUGGUUGAUAGUCAGCUUCGAAUCAAGCCAAUCCAUAGGAGUCCAUGUUUCUACCAGUCCUCGGAGAAGAGCCAGCGCUUGCCAAUGGAGACGCAAGUGUGGAGCCAGUUGCAUCCCGGGGAUAGCUUUUCCCUGUUACUUGACAAGUACACUUUCCAUGUUUUCUCUGCAGAAUCUGAAGUGGAGAUGGAGUGUACUCUGAGAAACAGUCAGAUGCUUGAUGAAGAUGAUAUAUUGAGUGAGAUGCAGAAGUCCCCUGUGGUUAACUUACCUGAUAAGACAACUGGUGCCUCACAGCUGCAAGGAAGCCCUGAAUUAACCAAGACCAAGUGUCCCACCAUAGAUCCUAUGUCCUCUUCAGGUGAAUGCAGAGCUUUCAGUGAGCACCAGCCACAUCCUACCCAGAGGAAAAGAAUCCUCCCAGCUUGGAUGUUAGCGGAAAGUCCAAGUGCUCAGAGCUUCUCCACACCCGCUGAGGGUGGAGAUAAGGAUGUCAUCCAGAGGAGUGGAAAAGCAGAAACCUGUGAAGAUAGAACCCCAGGAAAUGGGAAAAAGCAUGGGAAAAAGCGGCUUAGUCCAUCAGGAAAUUCAAAAAGUGUGUCAGCGGAACAAGACCCUGGGAAGAAAUGCAGAAAGGCCGACCAAGGAGGAGCGGGCGUUUCUUCUGAGAAUAUUCCAGAAUCGUCAUCUUCAAUCAUAGUAAACGACCCAGAUGUGGAUAUUGUGAAGACAAAUAAAUGGAAGGACGGGAUUUUAAUAGAGGAACCUGGUGAGGUCUCUAAACAUAAAGCUGCCACCAAACCAACCACAGAUGAAGAGGGCGAGAGUGGUGCAAGUGUCCACAGCAAGUCACCUCGUGAGAAAUCUCAAGGAUGCAAUCCUGAGUCCAGCUCUGCUCCCUCCAGUCCUGAUGCUUCGCACACACACACAGCUGACUCAGUGCUGGGCUGUUCAGAAGAAAGCAAGGUCCGGAGGCCGGCCUGCAUGUAUGGGGCCACCUGCUACAGGAAGAACCCCCUCCACUUUCAACACUUCAGCCACCCUGGCGAGAGUGGGUAUGGAGAGGUACACGGCACAGAUGAAGGUGUGACUGGUGACAGGCCCGAGUGUCCCUAUGGGGCGUCUUGUUACAGGAAGAACCCCCAGCACAGGAUGGAAUAUCGGCACAGUGCACUUCCAGCCAGAGUUGCUCUGGAUGAAGAUGAUGAUGAUGUUGGGCAACCCAGUGAUGAUGAGGAUGAGGAAGACUAUGAGCCGACAGAUGAAGAUUCUGAUUGGCAACCAGGGAAGGAUGAUGAGGAGAAGGAAGAUGUGGAUGAGCUUUUGAAAGAAGCAAAAAGAUUUAUGAGAAGGAAGAAGUAGCUUUUCUGCCAUGACCUAUCACUCACAUUUGCUUUUUUUCUCUGUGGGAAACAUAAUCUUUUUUUUUUCUUUUAAUAGUUCUUUGCACUUGAAACAUUGAAACACCAGCCUUCCGUGAAAUAGGUGGAAUGUAUGCUUUGCCUAUUUUGGUGCCUAUUUAAUGCAUCCAUCAGUAAAAGCAGGUAAAGAGGUUGGGCAGUCUGAUAUUUUUCAAAUACUUUAGAUAUUGCUAAUAAAAAGCCAUAGGUUGUACAAACCCUUGAUCUUCUGCCCUGCGGUCUUUAUAGAGUACCCUGUGAGCUUAGCCAGGUGAUUACAGAACAGUGGAAGAGCAUAACCCCAAACUGCUGAUGAAAGAGUCCCUCACAAAGCUAGACUUGAACAAAUGACAGCCAGCAGUGUGCCAUGUCUCAAAUGUAUUAGAUGUGGCUUUGUGAUUUCAUAUACGGCUUUUGUCCUUUGAAUCCUGGGAAGACUAUUAACAAGUAGAUGCUGAAAAUGACCCUGUUAACCUGUAGGGCAGCAGUACUCGCCUCGCAAGGGAAUGGGUUUUGUGCAUCCACAACUGCGUAUGUGUAUCUGUGAGAGUGUAAAGAAGACAACUGCGGAGCCCUUCCGUGGCUCUCACACGUGCCCUGCCCCACUACUUUGCUUUUCACUGUGCACCUUACACUGAGGACACAGAGAAGCAUCUGGCCAGUGUUUUCUCAGAGGGUCACCUGAGAGGGCUGUUCUCUGCCAUGGACAGGGUUCUGGCCUCUGAAGAAGCCUCUGCUCCAAGGAGUGGAGCAUCUCUGGUUUGAGUCUGUGCAGAUUGGGGUACCUCAGCUCGUGAAGCAGCAAGCCAGAAGCUCCUUGUCACUCUUCACUCAAGAGGAAAUAAAAUGCACAUCUUAGAACAAAAGGGGCCACAUGCUUUCUUAGUAUUGUGAGUCUCUCUGUGUAAUUGUACAAUGUUAAAUUUACUUAAACUGA